AUGAUCCUGUUCUUCGGCAACUUCAGUGGGGCACAAGGAGGAGUGCAGUGGUUCCUUCCACCACUGUUCCUGCUGCUUACGCUGAUCUCCAAUGGCAUCUUAAUAGGCCCAGGUCUCUGGCUAGUGCAACGCCACGGCUUCUGGCCCACGGUGCAGCGCUUCCUGGUAGGUCCUGGGCAGGGGCAGAGGCAGAGGCAAGGGCAGGCCAGGCAGCAGGGUGCAACUGGGCAGGGGGCUCCAGAGAGGCGCCAGACCAGGCAGCAGCGUUUUGAGGAGGUGGCUCGUGUUGUGCAUAGCCUGCCCAUGGAGGACUUUGUGACCAGGGAAGACCUGCAGCGCUGUUCGCUGCAUGACUUGAGGGAAAUGUUGAGGCAGAGGGGAGUGAAGGAGGUUGGCUUGGAGAGGAAUGAGGCGGUGGAGAAAGUUCUGGCUGCUGGUGGCGAGGGCACAAGCAGUGCAUCAUGCAGCAUUUGCUGUGAGGACUAUGCAUCUGGAGAAGUCCUCAGACGGCUGCCCUGCAAGCACAAGUUCCACCUGGAGUGCAUUGAUCGCUGGUUCUUGUCUUCGACAGACUACUCCCGGCCAGUGGCCUGCCCAAUGUGUAACGCACCACUGUUGAGUUGA